AUCUCUUUUUAACACCACCUUUUCUCACUCUACUCCUUGCGCAAUUAGUCAAUUACAAAUUACAUCUCUCGCUCUCUCUUUCUCUCUCUCUCUCUCCACUUCAUCUUCAACCAGCAAAGAGCAAAUGUUAAGGAUGGAAAAAACAGAUCCAAUUCAUGUGUUUGAAGCAGCAAACUACUAAGAUCUUAGAAUAGUGAGUUCCUCUGCGAGAUUCACAAUGCCAGUUCCUCUUGCUCCGUAUCCGACGCCACCGCCAUCAUUUACACAACCUGCAAAUGGUACUCAGAGCCAGCUUGUGUGUUCCGGAUGUCGAAACCUUUUACUCUAUCCAGUAGGGGCAACCUCUGUAUGUUGUGCUGUUUGCAAUGCAGUCACAGCUGUGCCGCCUCCCGGCACAGAAAUGGCUCAGUUGGUUUGUGGAGGCUGCCACACCUUACUCAUGUACAUUCGCGGAGCAACAAGCGUACAAUGUUCUUGUUGUCACACCAUCAAUUUAGCCUUAGAAGCAAAUCAGGUAGCUCAUGUCAAUUGUGGGAACUGUCAGAUGCUGUUGAUGUACCAAUACGGAGCACGAUCUGUGAAAUGUGCAGUCUGCAAUUUUGUGACAUCGGUUGGGGCCUCAACCAGCAGAACUGAACAAAAGUUCAACACCUAAAAACUCCGAAACAAGUCUAUUAUUACAAACUUCUACAAUCUCGGUUUCGCAGCUUAUUGUUUCCCUAGAAACUGCAACGAUCCAUCCUCCGGCUACAUGUAUAGAGUGUUUUUUUUUUUUUUUUUUCCGUUUCAUUUGCGUGACUUUAUCAUGAAUAAGCAGUUUUUUUUUAGGCCAAGUUUGGUGUGAGAGGUACUGUGAUGUGAUAAAGACUUUGAGGUUGUAACUGCAGCUGAAAGUUUCGGAUAAGAAUAACUUCAUUUUCUUCUA